AUGAUGGUUACUUUGUGCGUACGUGUCUGCUUCACGUUCUGAGCUUCAGCUAAGUCCACAAUGGAUGCGAAAGGAAAUGGACCGGGUGAGAGUAAGGCCUCGUUCUGGAAUGGAUGUGAAGACCGUUUAAAGGAAUUACAGGACAUGAAGUCCUACUACGAACGAAUGGCUGAGUUGUGCCAAGAAGCCAUCCAUCAGCCAGAUGCAUACAUGAGGAAGAUAAAGAAGGAAGAAAUUCCAAUCCCAAGUCUGCCUAAACGUACAUUGGAAAAAGUACUGUUGGACAUCGAGGAUAAGAAGGAGGAGAAUCUGAAAAAGGAGGAGCAGAUGGACAUGCUGGAGGGAAUUUUUCCCGAUUGCGAGCGAUCCUAUCUGCGGAUGAUAUGCGACCACUGCAACGGCUCUGACGCAUCUCUCAUGGAGGGAACCGCUUUACCCAGCAAUAUCGAUAUCAAGAUACCUGGAGUUCACCCUCCACAGUACGACGUGGAGAAGAAUCCCGAGAGAGCCCGUCCUCAUUUCCCCAGUCACUGGGAGCCGAUGGCCGACGACGAGUCGGUGAAAAUGGUCAAAGUAGAUGAAUCCUCCGCUGAGUACCAGAGGGUGGCCGGGUACCUUCGUCAGCAUCUCAGCCUCAACGUCCACCGCAUCGAGAGGGUGCAGAAUCCGUACUUGUGGGAGAUGUAUCAGAAUCGACGGGAGUUCUUCCUCAAGCGGCUGAAUCGGGAUCUGGAGAGCUUGAACGAGAGGUACCUAUGGCACGGCACAAGACGCGAGAACGUCUCGAAUAUUUGCGCCAAAAAUCUGGAUUGGCGACAUCAAAGAAGCACCGGUGCCCUGGCAUACGGGCAGGGAACGUACUUAGCCAAUGAUCCCCUGGCAUCCCUUAGUUACGCCCCACCUUCCCCUCCACAUCUCGAGAGAUGCAUACUUCUAGCGAGAGUUUUGGUAGGGAAGUGCGCUCCCGGACGUCCACAAAUGUCGAUGCCUCCAAACGGAUACGAAACAACUGUUGACAACGUCGUCUUUCCCCGCAUUUUCGUCAAGUACCACGAGCAAGAAAUCUAUCCUGAAUAUGUCCUGUAUAUUUCAACCUAGACGAAGAAUACCGACCAGUUGAAGACAUGAGCUUCCCAUGACUUGAGUCACAUUCUGACCUUUUCGGAACCGUGAAGGAGAAACAGACUCACAUAUCCGUUUUCAUUUGCUUUUUCAUGCCAUAUUCCUUUCUCCGUUAUUUUGUGGUUUAAAAAAUAAUGCAUGUCGCGGCUUGUGGCUUUCUGUUCAUUUUCAUUCGAAAAAAAGUCCGAGAUAUACCAAUAUACUUUAGAUGAUGCCUAGCCAUCCUAGUCAAGUCCUGAUGCCAAGUCAAGUUGGAUCUGGAAAUUCACGUUCCAAUUACCGGUGGGGAGUAAAAUCAUGUUCACAAAAUUCUGAACUAAAAGGCUUUCGGGCAUCAAAAUUCUGUAAGCUUCAUAGCAGUAAUGCACGAUUGAAUUGCAAUAAUUCCGAUUCAAAAAUUAUUAAUGUCGCUG